GCGGGCGCUAUGUCGUGCUCGCACAGCGUGGUGUUCCUGCUGGACACGGCCAGCCCGGGGCGGCGGGCGCGGCUGCAGCGCGGCGCCCUGCGGCUCCUCAACCACCUGGGCUGCCGCUUCGGCCUUCCCCGCCUCCGCUGGGCCUUCAGGUUCUUCGACUCCCUCGGGGGCCGCGGCGGGGCCUCGCGGGGUGGCGGAUUCCGCCCGCCGGGACCCUGCGCCUGGGCCCGCUUCGAGGAGGAGCUGGCCGAGCGGUUCGGGACGCGGGGACCCGCCGCCGUCGUCCUGCCCGGGCCGGCUCCCCGCGCCGCCCUCACCCACAACGGCCUGAAGGAAACCAUCCUCGACUUCCAGUGGGACCGCCCGGAGAUCGCGUCGCCCGCCAAGCCGCUCCGCAGGAGCCGGAGGACGGGGCCGGCCGCCGGAGAGCCCCCGGAGAGCCAAGCGCCCCCCGAGGGCUUUGUGAACGCCAUCUUCCUCUUCUCCCCUUGCCCCCACUCGCGGAGGGAGCUGCGGCAGUUCGUGUCGGGGAGCGACGCCCCUUCCUCCCCUUGUGACCCCCCCACGGCUCAGCAGCUGGCGGAGAAACUCCUGCCCAAGAGUGUCCAGGAGCUCAUCGCGGGCCAGAAGAUCACGCUGUUCUGGGUGGACACUGCCGAGUGGUCCCAGCUGAUUGAAUCCCCAGAUCAUGUUGGAUACUGGACAAUGUUUGAACUGAUCCGUCAGAUGGGAGGCACCAUUUUACCUUCUGAAACCUUAGCGCAGUGUUUGAGUCCCCACAGGGCAGAUCUUGCUCAUGGCUUUCUUGGAGACUCAAGUUCCCCAGCGCCACAGAAUGUGCCUUGGACCAUGCUUCUGCCCUUGGAUGCGACUUUGAACUUCUUGUUCUCAAAGCCCUCUGUAUUUCAAGCCAUAUUCCCCCAGCAAGAAGGAACGAUGUUUCUCAGCAUGCCUGAAGGAAAGGAGCAGAAAAGCUGUGCUGUGGUCCUGGAACCCCUUACCAUGAGCCAAAGACAACUGCGUUGUCCGGUCAACAUCUUCCUGAAAGGCAGCCUGAGGGGCUGGAGCCUGAUGCAGGCUGGCUGCUUCCUCACGGAGAGCUGGAUACUGCGGAGCUCACAGGCUGAGCAGGCAGCACAGAACAGGUUGUUGUUUCAUCAGCUGUUAAGGAGUCUAGUGACUGAAGAACUGCACAUGGUUGCUGAGGUAUCUUUAUCUAAAACUUGGUGCCCCUGCACUGCUGUUUUAUCACCACUUUCUGAGAGCACUGCAGUUCUGACUGUACUUGGUGCUGAGAAGGCUGCUGAAGUUCAGCGGUGCAACCUUGAAGGAGCUGUGGUGGAGAUCUCUUCCCAAGACUCUGGUCUUCACCUCCCAGAUGUUGUGAAUAGUGUGUUGAGUAAAAUGAGCACAUUGGAGGAAGAUUCUCUGGCCAGUAUGGAAGAAGAAGCUCUGAUGGCAGAGUGGGUCCAACGGGAACUGUCCCAUACAGGUGGCUGGCAUCCUUCAGUCCUUGAAGCAUGGUAUCCUUCAUCAAAUGUGUGUGGAGCAAGCUCAGAUCUGAUGGAGUCGUUCAGGCUCCUGCAGGUUCCUUGUGUGAAUGGGAAGGAUGAUGCAGAGCAGUGUGAAGCAGAACUCUCUGAAAGUCUAUCUGAGCUGUACCAGAGAAAAUUCAGUGAAACAUCUGCUGCAGCUGGACCAGGAAAUAACAAAAAAAGACGUGGGGUUCCCCGAACUCCAGUCAGGCAGAAGAUGAAGACCAUGUCCAGAUCUCUGCAGAUGCUCAACGUAGCAAGACUGAAUGUAAAAGCUCAGAAGUUUCAACCUGAUGGUGCACCACCAACAGUGAAUGAGAAGGUUCCACAGAAGCUUUCAGCAAAAAGAUUGGAUGAAAAGGUGGAAGAAAAGGAAAAGGCACUUAAAAUAUCACUAGACUUCAAAACUGAGGAGGAACUGCAGUCCCAUCUAAUUGCAAGCUACCAGAAGGCUGUUGUCGAGGGAGUUCUUUCAUCUGUGUGUGCCCAGAAUAUGAUCGUGGCCAUCAAAAGGUUCUUGAAAGCACAAGAUGCCAAAGAGAAAGAGGUGGCCUGUGUGGAUAGAGUCAGAAACCAUCUCCUGAAGACCAGCAAGAUGCUGAGACAACAGCAUGGCUUGCAGAAGGAGACCAAAGUCAGAGAGUGCUGUCUUCAGGUAUUUUUGCGCCUUGAGUUAUGUCUUCAGUGCCCUUCACUGCAGAGCAACACGGACGAAAUGGAGCAGCUGUUAGAAGAGAUGACAGAUAUGCUGCGCAUUUUAUGUCUGACUGAAGACCCAGGGUAUCUUACAAAGUUUCUAGAGGAAAUAUUAGAAUUGUAUAUGAAUUCUAUACCGAAGACCCUUGGAGAUAUUUAUUACAGUCUCGGUGUACAAAUACCCCCGAAGCUGGCAUCUGUUCUGCCUUCAGACUUCUUCAGUGAUGAUUCUGUGACGCUGGAUAGCAAAUCUCCGAGCCUUCCACCAUCUUUAUCAUCUGCCUUAACUCCCAGCACUCUUUGCCUACCCACCGAGAGUGAUCGGCUGGAGGAGCUGCGCACCAGAUCUGCCAAAAAGAGAAGGAAUAAUGUAUUAGCCAGACACAGGAGCAUGACAGAAGCAUCGCAGAACUUGCGUCAAAUUGAGAUUCCCAAGAUAGCCAAGAAUCCCACCAGAAAGGAGAACUUGCGUUCUCACCGUGCUGCUGAGAAGUCUCAACAGAUGCCUUUGUUGCAGAAAGAAGCCACGCAAGCUGUGGAAGGAUUAAAAUACAAAUGCACUGAUGAAGGCACUAAAGAUCAUCGCAAGUUACUGACCAAGAGAGUUGCAGAAACACCACUACAUAAGCAGGUCUCCAGGAGGCUGCUACAUAAGCAGAUCAAAGGAAGGUCUUCUGAUCCAGGUUGUGAAACUGGUGUUGUAGAAGAAUCUCCAGAGAAGGCCAUAAAUGAAGCAAGUUUGAGAAGAAGCCCACGCAUCAAACAGCUGUCUUUGAAAAGGACCUGCUCUGACGUUUUUUAUUCCACUACACAACCCAUCUCACAGAAUUCACAGCAAGUCCAUCAGGGACAAGAGGAGAGCUGUUCCCUGCAGGAUGUAGAAGGCGUUAAGUGGCAUUCAGAGACCCCCACUGUCCAGACUCCCAAGAGGUUUUUCUUUGGUGCAGUCAUUGACACGUGUAGUCCUGCAGUGAAGCAUUCACCUGGAAGGCGGAGAACAAGAAAAGAUUCCUUACCCUUAGAGGAGCUGACUGUCUGUCAGACUCCUAGAAAAACACCUAAUAAAUCUGCCCAGAAGCCACUGAAUUCUGCCAGUAAGCUACCAAGGAGAUCACCUCGCAUUCUCCACAGGACACCACAGAAGCUAGAGAAGACUCCUGGCAAAAGCCCAGUUGCUAAACAGACUGUAGCAAAGUGUUUGGGAAAGUACUUUUCUCAUCCUGUACAAAGGGCCAAGUCAUCAUCUGCGUUAACUGAAAGUAAGGGGGCUCGCUCACCGCAAGUAACUUCUAAGGAUUGUUCUCCAGAAGAAGGACUUUCCCCUCCAUGUAAAGAGGCUGGCUUACAAAUACCAGAACGUGAAGAGUUUGCAGCACUCAGUGGCUCGUUACUACCUCUGACAGAUUCCAAUCCAGCUGCUGCUUCCCCCUCUGCCCUCCAGGAAAGAUGUUUUACACAACUGCAAACUCCAAGACGCUCCUUGAGAUACCACUCAAACUUAGCCUCUCCAGUUGGUACUUGGAGGGAAUUCCUCCCAAAGGAAAUGCAGGUGCAGUCAGAUCUGUUAUCUCCAGCAACCAAAAGUACUCCCAGGAAACCUGAAGAUCCAGGUUCACAACUAUGUACCAGCCCAGUGAGUGCAGAACUAUCUCCUCUCGCUGUGAGGCUAGAGCCUCCCUUCAGUUCUCCUCUCCAUGAAAGUUCCACAAACACUGUGGCAAUCUGCUCCCCUUCCCACACACAGCCCAGGGACUGUGACUGGGAACUCGAUGCAUCUAAACCAUCUUUUCCAAAAUCUCCAGUUAUUACUGGUACUUCGCAGAGGUCCCUGCUUUGUGCAUCCGAGCAGGCCAAAUGUGAACAAAAUUCUGAAGGAGAGAACCUCACAUUUGCACAUACAACACCUUCUAAAAAUAAGGACAAUCAUCAUGACAGUGGUCCUAACUCUUCUGUAGAAAGCCUCCAGUUCUGUCAGUCCCAAGUUAUUGAAUGUACCCCUGUUGUGGAGAAAAAUGAGCAGAUGGAUGUAGCGUCUCAAAAGUCUCCUCAGACUUUUGAGGAGGGCUCAGAAAACUUGGAAAAGCGUUUGUCUCCAGAGCCUUCUGCUGGAGGACAGGUACAUGCAGAGAAUGCUGAGACAGAGUGUGAGCAAUUGGUUAAGGAAGGAAACUCCAGUGCAAACACCUGUGAGUCCUUCCUAAGUGGUUCUCAAACAGUUAGUGAUGACUUGGAACCAAGAACCCUGCUAAGAGACGAAUAUACAGGGCUGAAGGCUCCAAGUCUGAAGAGACACUCCAGAUCUGCCCUGAACACUUCACCUCCUAUGCCAAAGGCUGCUCCUGCCUAUUCCUUACGCUGCACUGCAGACAGGAGGCAGCGGGAGGCUGAAGCACGGAUGGGAAAUCCUCAACUUCUAGCCAAGUUCUCUACUCCUAAAAGUCGUUGCAAAGCGCCUUCUGCUAGCUCACCAACUUAUGAAGUUGAACUUGAAAUGCAAGCUUCGGGCCUGCCCAAACUUCGCAUUAAGAAAAUUGGCUCUUGCUCAUCGUUGGAAGCUCAACCCGAAGCAAGUGGCAGCAAACCCAAGGGAGGAGAAAGCCCCUUUGGUGAUCUUGCUAUGACCUGGUGUAGCAAACACCCCGGAAAACAAGCAGCUGCCUGUGUUUCACCCUCCUGCUUUCGCUCUUUCCACAGUACACCUGGGAAAGCUGGAGGACAGACCUACAUAUGCCAGUCAUACACCCCAACGAGCUGUGCCUCUAACGCCACCUCCCCGUCCCCCUUAGAAGCAGGAGUUCCCUGGACACCUUCCCCCAAGCAGAAGGGGAAGACUACCCCUGAUGCUAUCAAUGAUUGGCCUCGGAGAAAGAGAGCAGCAGGUAGUGCCGCUAACGCUGGCUGUGGUCAAAGUGAGAAGAAUGCUGAUGAACAGAAGAGAUUGUCAACAGGCAGAGAAGGAGAGAUGAAGAUCUUGGAGCACUGUAGCAACAAAGUCACAAAUGCUCUUGGGGAAUUUGAACUGGAAGGGAUUUGCAGGCUCCAGGACCAGGCAUCUCCUAGUGACUCUGAACCCAGGGCUGAUGAGGACUCUGCCAUUGGAACUUUUGGCCUGAAAUCUCGGAAGCGGGUCAUUGCGUAUCUGUCGCCAGAAAAGGAGAAUUGUGGUGCCAAGAGAUCUUGCACUGAUAGGUGCAACUUGGGUCUUGCGGGCUUUUCCACAGAUGAGGGGAACAGAAGCAGAUCAAGGACUGACUCUGUACUUCCUGAGAAACCAGGAGCCUGUGUGCUCGUAACUCCUGAGCGGCACAGCUGUGUAGGGGAUGACGAUGUCUUCCUUUUGUCAGGCUCAACUCCAACGGUGAAGAACACGCUGUCUGCUAGCAGCCUGCUAGCACUGACCCGCUCUCCUCUGCUCUGCCAGGGACACACACCCCCCUCUCGGAGAAGACACGUUCAAGAAGAGGAAUCCGAUGCCUUCCAAAGUACUGUCAACCAGGAGCUGUCUCCAUUCCAUGUCGUGGCUUCCAGGAAGCGUUCCUUUUGCAGGACAUACUCACGGAAAAAGCUGCUCAGCUGAAGUUUGGAGCCAGAACAGUUGGGAACUUUACAUUAUCCCAGCUGCAAAACAGCCUUUUUAACACAGACCUUGUAUUUGGUGCUGGACUGGAGCUGUCUUGUGUUGGUAGGAGACUGGAUGCAAGCACAUGACAGUGGAAAUAAGGACCACUCUAAAAGUUUUGUUUUAACUUCAGUUGCAGCAUCUCUCCAUCCGUUCAAAGCCUACCUCGGUCUUUCUGGCAUUUCUCCUGCAUGUGGUAGCUGAGUUCUGCAGAGAAGGUUCAGCUCUGCUAGGUAAAGAGGGAGAAUUGUCACUUUUCUACAGCUUUCUUGUAAAAUAAACU